AUGCGAGCUUCUGCUAUGAGUCUUCCAUUGAGUGCUGGUAGAUCGACUGUUAUACAUUUUCCUCUACCUACGGUCGUACGUCCACCAAUAAUAACUCUCACAAUAUCUUUCUUGCUCAUUCGGCUGAGUAAUAACGGCAGCAUAUCUUUUGGUGGUGAAGAUCAAACACGAUCUUGCAUCAUUCGACGCACAUCAAGUAUGAUGAAAUCGGCCGGAGCACCAACUUCCGAUCGACCUCCAUCAUCAUCAACAAUUGUCUUUCUUCCCGUGAUGCAAGCUGCUUCGAAAAGGUCGGCUUCAUUGAGCACUCGCUCUCCUUCAAACCCCGUUGUAGAUGUCAAAACAGCCGAAGUUCUUUGA